AUGUUUGGCCUAAUACGGCGAUUCUCCAGCGAGGACACCGACGUCAACCAGAGUCAAGACGGCCUCCAUCAUCGCAAGGAUGGCGUCAAUGAUGUCUUCAACCCGACACGGCACACGGCCAGUCCGUUUCGCCCCCCGCCACUCGACCCAAUAGUUCUGAACGGCUACAAAGACAAUACUCCCGCUGACUCGCGGCUUUUGAGCAAUGCUGUCGCCGAGGAGAUCCGCAACAUGGUGCCUGAGAGGCUACGCAUCGUCGAGGACUGGAACCUCGUGUACAGCCUGGAGCAGGACGGCUCGAGCCUGAGCACACUGUAUCAAAAAUGCAGAGCAUACGAGGGAAGGCGAAUAGGCUUUGUCCUGGUUGUGCAGGAUCAAGAAGGCGGAACCUUUGGCGCAUACCUCUCCGAACACCCACACCCGGCACCAUCGUACUUUGGAAAUGGCGAGUGCUUUCUGUGGCGUGCGUCGACGCUGACGUCCCUGCCUCCCCCGCCGUCGGCCGAUACCACAAACCUGACCCGCAGCACAACGCUGGCGGCGGCGCACCGCGACGGUACCUCGACGCCCGGCUCCCUCGAGACGAUCCGCUUCAAGGCAUUCCCUUACAGCGGCCUGAAUGACUUUUAUAUCCACUGCGAGGCCGGUUAUCUGAGCGUCGGCUCGGGUGGCGGCCACUACGGCCUCUGGCUGGACGACUCGCUCGACGUUGGCCACAGUUCCAUGUGCGAGACCUUUGGCAACGAACCGCUGAGUGACGUCGGGCAUAAAUUUAGCGUCGUGGGUGUUGAGCUCUGGGUUCUAGGUGCAUAA